AUGGCAGACAAGGUGCAAAAACAGUUAGAAGAUCUUGUUCCGGAUCUACAAGAGUUGUUAUCGCAAGAGCUGUUCAGCCUGAAGGAAGUCAAGAACAUAAUCGAGAGAAGAAGAGUAUUCGAAUUUGAAAUAAUAAGCCCAGACCCAGCCGUAGCACUGGAUUCAUAUAAAAAAUACAUAGAAUACGAGUUGGAGCUGGAUAAAAUAAUAGAAUCACGGUAUCGCAAAAUGAAAAAAACAAACAGACUGAAAGGAAUCGACAUUAACGGAAUAAUAAAAGAAGAUAUAAGUAAAGGUGACUCAAACUACAGAGGAACGAGUAGGAAGAAACUGAGAGUAGAUGUGAACAAUAAAAGGCACAUACACAGAAUAUUUAGAAGAUGCUUAAGCAGAUUUAUAAGCAACACAGAAAUGUAUAAUUCAUACUUGAGUUUCUGUAGGCAGAUAAAAGCAAACAGGCUGUUCGAAAGGGUGAUAAUGAACGGACUGAGCAAAAACCCGAACGACGAGAACCUGUGGCUGAUACUGGGCUCAUACGUACUCAAAAACAGAGGAAUAAUAGCAUCUAAAAACAUAAUACAAAGAUCGCUGAGAAUAAUGCCGAACAACGUUAACCUAAUACUGUACCUGUAUCAGCUGGAAGUUAAGUCGCUGACGGAGAUAGCAGCCACGUACGGAGAAGACAAGGAAAGUAUCGAGGAGAGCAUAAGCAAGUGCCACAUAAUAUUUGAGUACGGAUUCGAAAAUUUGAAGGAGGAGGACGCAGUGAAGUUAUACUUUAGCACACUCUCAAUAAUGAAUCAGCUGCUGAACCUGAAGGAACAUAAGGACCUGUUGGAGGAGCUUCUGGAAAAAAUCAACAGUAAGAUGAAAGGGAGAAGGAUACCAAUAGUAAGGCUAUACAAUCAUCAAAUAAAUAUGCUUGAGAAUAUGGUAUCGAAGAGCGCAAACAGGAGGUUGGUGGGCACGAGUGGAAGUGCAGACGAUGGCACAUCGGCCAGUGCAAAGGAGUCUGAGGAGGAGGAAGACGCGCUACUGAGAAUGUUCGGUGAAUGUUACACGGAUGCCACAACUACCAGGACCGCAAAGGAUUCCAGUAAAGGCAUGCUGAUACCAGUGUUGCAGUUUAUAUGUAACACGAUCGCUAGUAAAAAUACUGAAGACAUAGAAGCUAAGGAUAACUAUACUGAAAUUAGAAUAGACGUAAAUCCAAGUACAGAAGUGGAGGAAAGGCCUGUGAACGAGUUAAGUGAUGACAUGGACGGUAAUGGCAAUGAACUUUACAUAGACGGAGAUAAGGAGUACCUAAUAAAAAAUUACUGCAUCAUAGAAAACGUGUACUACCUGUGUUUACUAGGAAGGGUACCUGAGUACUAUGACGUUAAAGAGUGCAAGUACACGAGUAACAUGGCAAACACUGAGCAGUUGAAGAAGCUGGAAGAAGUGUACGCAAAUUACAUGAGAAGAAGAAGGGAGGAAGUAGUCAAGUUCGCAUUGGAGUUGAGUCCGGAAGAUGUAAACGAGAUUUAUUACCACAUUAAGCUGUUGGUACAACUGGCGAAGCUAGAAGACGUUGAAAAGAGUGUCGGAAGAAAGCUGCAGAAAAAAAUCAAAGAGAUGCUGGAAAAGUUGACAACAAUUAGAGGAUUGAUAAGAGUUAGCGAUGAGUUGGCGCAGAUGAUAUUGAAAUUGAAAGUGGAUUUUGAGUUGAAAAGGAGAGCGUAUGCGAAUUUUAAAUCAUUAGCUCUAAACCAUUUUAAAUUUUUCAUCAAUUCGAUGUUUAGCUCUCAGCUGUCAGUAGAUGAGAAGAUAGAAGUGUUCCUGAUAUGUUAUAAACACAAUGAAGAAUAUGAAAACCUUAAAAUAUUUUUAAAUAAGUUGGAAAACAUGGAAGAGUUUGUGAAGUUUACAGAAGGAAAUUCAGAGCACUUGGACGAAAAAAUAUAUAACGAACUUGUGGCAUAUAUGACAGAUGAGAUGGAAGCUAAGGUGGAGAGAAUGAGUACCAGUGAAAUAGAAGUAAGUGAGUUGAUAAAGGAAGUAAGCAGGCUCAAUGGAUGGAUAGGAAAUAGAAACAUGGAAGUUAGCAGAGAAAAUAAGCAAAAGAUAAGUAACUUGAACAGGCCUAAGAUGCAAAUGAACACCGCAGGGUAUGAAUUCAGGAGAAAGUGUGUGGAAUCAGAACCAUUGUCAGUGAAGAGGGACGACUUGAUGUAA